CGGUUUUGGAACCUGGGUUUUUUUUUUUUUUUGGUGCGGAGGUUGAGCCCUGGUCCCUUUGUUUCCGAGAUAGGACUAAUCGCCGAGGCUAGCGGGGAGUGGUAGGACGUCUUAUAGCUCAGCGGCAAGGAAAGUAUUAUCAAAAAGAAGACGAAAAGGGGUUUUCUGGCAACAGACGCAAAAGGCCAUGCAUUUCAGGUGGCUCAUGAGCAGCAUCAUUUUAGGGCUGGCAACUUGUGUGCCCAUUGACCGACCCAAGGAGAAACAACAAGCAGAAACUCCUCCCGAAGCACCGGAUACAGGCUUAUAUUAUCACCGCUACCUCCAAGAAGUGAUCAGUGUGUUGGAAACGGACGGACACUUCCGGGAAAAGCUCCAAGCAGCUAAUGCUGAAGAUAUCAAGAGUGGAAAACUCAGCAAAGAGUUAGACUUCGUCAGCCACCAUGUCCGCACCAAACUUGAUGAGCUCAAGCGUCAGGAGGUAUCCCGGCUCCGGAUGCUUCUGAAGGCCAAAAUGGAUGCCACCAUGGAACAAGAUGUACAGAUUGAUCACCUGGCCCUGCUGAAGCAGUUUGAGCAUCUGGAUCCCCAGAACCAGCACACGUUCGAAGCCCGAGACUUGGAGUUGCUCAUUCAAGCCGCAACCAAGGACUUAGAGAACUAUGACGCUGCUCACCACGAGGAGUUCAAGCGCUACGAGAUGAUGAAGGAGCACGAACGGCGGGAGUACCUGAAAUCUCUGGAUGAGGAGAAGCGGCGUCAGGAGGAAGCACAUUUUGAGGAGCUGAAGAAGAAGCACAAGGAGCACCCCAAGGUCAACGUCCCAGGCAGCCGGGAUCAACUUAAGGAGGUGUGGCAGGAGACCGAUGGUCUGGACCCCAACGAGUUCAACCCCAAGACCUUCUUCAAGUUACAUGACACCAACAGUGAUGGGGUUCUAGAUGAACAGGAGUUGGAGGCUCUCUUCACAAAGGAGCUGGAAAAGGUCUACGACCCCCGCAACGAGGAGGAUGAUAUGGUAGAAAUGGAAGAAGAGCGUCUGCGCAUGCGGGAGCAUGUCAUGCAAAAUGUUGACCUUAAUAAGGACCGGCUGGUGACUCUGGAUGAGUUUCUCAAAUCCACUCAAAAGAAAGAAUUCAAUGAAGUUGAUGGAUGGAAGACUGUGGAUGAAACACAGAUCUACUCUGAGGCCGAGCUUCAGCGCUUUGAGGCGGAGUUGGCAGCUCAGGAGGCGGAGCUAGACCGACAAGCAGAGCAUCUGCGCCAGCAGCACCAAGAACUUCAACAGCGACAGGUGGAACUUGAUGCCCAGAAGAAGGAAUAUCAGCAGGUGGUAUUCCAGAUGGAACAGAGAAAAGCUCAACAGCAGUCUGAGCAGGCGCCCCCAGCUGGACCUGGAGGAGAACUGAAAUUUCAAGCCCAGCCACCUCACGCUGCCCCAGCAGACCAGGCCGCUCCACCUGAUUCCCAACCAGGAGUGCCAGAGCAUCCUUCCCAGCAAAACCAGCCAGAAGCUGUUCAGAACCAGCCACAUCCAGAAGUAGAGAUCCAGUAGAGCACAGCUUGGAAAUUGUGUGUAUGUUUGAGUGACUUAUAUAUUUUCCUUUUAUCCUGGGGCGGGACACUACACAGAAUUUGGGCUUCACGUGCCCUGCGGCCCCUUAACAGCUCACCAUCACACUGUAAAAAUUCAGCAGUAAAUCACACAGCAGAAAUUCAGCAACAAUUUGGAAGAUGCUUUUCAAAUCAAGGACACCAUGCUUGUUUUAAAGGGCUUUUUCCUUGCCUGCUGUCAGAUUUCAACACUACAGCAGCAAUGCAGAAUGUGUGUCGCAUGCAGCAGCGUCUGGGGUAGAAAAUUGGCCCCAAGAUCCACUGACACUUUGCACCCCUGCUGCAUUCAGAGCAACCACUUUCCCUAGGACAGUGGUUGGGGGAAACGGGAAAGAAAUUCCAUCUGUUAUAAAGGUCAGUGGGAGGAGACUUAAUAUAGAUGCCAGCCAGUCUAUGCUUUUUUCCCCUCGUCCAUUCAUUUCCAGACAAGCAGAGAAGGGUAUUUAAAAUAUUUCCUACUCCUUUGUAUGAAUCAGGACUCUGUGUUUCUCUCCAACCAGAACAGGCUUCUGAAGGAGCCCUUAAGUCAGAGGGCUCUGAUGAGGAAGGUGAUGGGUGGUGGUGGUGGUUGCUUUUUAGAAGGAUGAGGAAGGGAAAAAUGGGAAGAAAGAUUUGUUGUCGUAUAACUGUCCAGCCAUUUUGCCAAAGUUUUGUUGAUACUUAUGGGUACAUUAACAGACAGGGCACAUGAUGUCUCUUAAAUGUAGUAUACUAUUGUACUUUUCUUUUCUCCCUUUUCUAAUUGCAGUGUUACACCUUUUUUAGACAGAACAAAUGUUGAGAACAUUACUGUGGUGGAAUAAUUUGGAUCCUUCUAUUUAAUAAAGCUGUUGAACCCUC